GUGCCAAUGAGAAACAGUAUAUAGCAUGCAAAUUCUGGUGAAUGUAAUUAUUUUAUAAUUAGGAUUGGCCUUGAUUCCAUUCUGGUUUAGUUUUCUUCUGAAUUGCUUCCUUCUACGGAGGGCUCUACAGAGGUGCUACCUUUUUUAUAUUGAGACAACUGCUCCCGCUGCGUCUUCCGCCGAACAAAUUGUCUGUGCCUACGACUCGCCAAGUGGAUGGACCAUGCCCGUUCACCUAUGGCUACAAACGGUGCCCUCCGUUUGUCUAGACAUGUGUCGCAUACAAAUCUUUUGUGUAAAUCGUUGGGAUCAAUUUUGAGCCUACCGCGUGCUUCUUCAUACAGUUCCUUUUGUUCUUCAGAAAGAACAAUGUUAGAUGCAGUGUUUUCGUUGAAAAAGUCCCGAAAGAUAUCGCAUGCAUCAGACACUUGGCGCCUCCAUUGUGUUAAGUCAGUAGAGUUUAACACAUAGAAUAAUACAGAACUUGAAUCGCGGUCGUGAAUCUGAACAGCCUGAGGAAGGAACCGAUUCUUGAUCCACUUUACUUGUGAUUUUGCAUAUUGACGAGUGGAAAUCUUCAUACGGUCAACGCCGGAAGCGAAUGACUUUUCGGUUCUAUCUUUUAACCACGGGAUAAACUCCUUAAAGCCAAUACACUGCCAUAUACCCCGAGUAGUAUCUGGCUCAAAGUUCCGACUUUUUGCUAGUUCGUGAUACUGGAGAAUCUCAUUCACGAGUCCGCGUUGAAGCAUCGCGUCAACCCUGUUGUCAAGACGAUCCGCCAAUACAGAAUAAUCGCACCGAGGCCAAAAAACAAGGGUUUUGUAAUGAAGUGCUAAUUCAUUCUUUUUUUGAGAAGCAUAGAGAUCACUUGGGCGUUUUCCCGUGUGAAAGAAGAUUUCAAGACUACGCCGAAUCUUGCGACCGUCUUGUGGAUGCCACCGCUGUGCCAUGACAGGAUCGACUUUUUCUAAAUAAUCUAACAUGACUUGAGGGCUUUCGUCAAGUAUAAAAGCGUCUUUAUGCUUUUCACUUGUGGUGUCCUUACCAGCUGCUUUUUCAAUUACAUCGAUAUCAGAUAACGUUGAGUCUUUAAAAAGAAGAGAUUGUAAAUAAUAGUGUGUACCCCCGACAAUGACAGGAAUCUUACCUCUGGCAUGCAAGUCGUCAAUCUUCCAAACUGGUUAGUUUUGAGCUUCAUGAAAAUAGUCUUUUCUAUUAAUUCUAACGUACCACCCGUCUUGCAUCCUGUUCAAACUCUGCCACACUGUAUUCUUUGUUGAAGUCCAAAAACGACAUCAAGUGAUGAGGAACACCUUGGAUCUCCUCUUCGGUGACUUUAUUGGUGAUAAUAUCCAGACCCUUAUAAAUCUGCAUCGAGUCUGAGUUGAUAACUUCUGAUGCAAAGCAUUUUGCUAAUUCUAUGGACAAGUCUGAUUUGCCUGCACCAGUCGUCCCCAGGACGACGCAUACUGGUUUCAUCAUACACUUAAGCAUGAGCAAAUUGUUACUGCCAAGAAUGCAUCAAAUGUAAUUAUUGGUGGUGAGAACUGUUACUCGUUCAAAGUCUACGCCCACGCAAAAAAUAAUACCAAAAAAAAAAAAAAAGUUUUGUGAACAGUAUUACUACGAAUCUGUGCUAAACAACAUCGAUAACUGAGUUUAAGCUGUAGAAGUCAAUCUACGAAUAUUUACCGUUGAAUAAAGCAAAUGCGCGUCUUUUUGCUAGAAGUACUGUGAAUACUACUACCACCACGAAACCUUCUUUCAGCUUCACCAAUCUAAUUUAGACUUUACAGAAGAUUGGCCGUAAAAAACGGUUUAGAAUUCACAACUAUGGCAGAUAAAGCUCUUCAAAAUAUUGAACAUAGUUACCCAGCCGUGAGUAAUCUCAUUGCGAGAUUGAAGCGUCGCCAAGUGAAAGGUGCUUUUCCAGUAGCUGUUGAAUCGGCGCUUGUUAUGCGCCAGGUUAUCUCUCAAACAAGAUGGUCAACCGUGGAUCAGUUGUUGCAGAUUGUUCACACAAUCGGUAAUAAAUUGGUAAAGGCGCAGCCUACAGAAUUUUCAUGUGGAAAUAUUGUUCGCCGUGUUUUGAGAAUUAUUCGGGAAGAGUAUCAGGACCUUUGCAAGGCUGCAGAGGAUUCGAUUCAAAAAAGUGAUUCAGACGCGUCUCUUAAGACGAUGAUAUAUAAAGCAGAAAGUGAAGCCAUGAAGAUGCAUGAGCCUAUCUCUAGUCAAAUGUAUUCUUCUAUGCUUAACUUACUUGGUCGGCCUACAACCGAGUCAAGCACUCGAAUUCCCGGCGACUCACGAGUAAUUGGAGGUAUGGAUAUGCGAGGCGCCAUCAUUUCUGGAAUUCAAGAAGUGAUCGACGAACUCGAUAAAAUCAACACCGAUAUUGAGGUUCAAUCCAUGGAUCACAUUCAUUCGAAUGAAAUUAUCAUGACACAGGGUUUUUCUAAGACUGUGGAGGCUUUCUUAUGCUAUGCUGCGAAGAAAAGAAAGUUUUCGGUCAUCAUUGCCGAAGGUUUCCCCAAUGAGCACAGUGAAGCCCAUUCCAUGGCAAAAAGACUUGCGAAUGCGGGUAUUGACACGACCGUGAUUUCAGAUGCAGCCAUCUUCGCCAUCAUGUCUCGCGUGAACAAAGUCAUUUUAGGCACCCAUGCUAUUUUGGGUAAUGGUGGCUUGAUGACCAACAGUGGUGCUCAAUUAGUUGCUCAAGCAGCUAGGUACCACGCUACUCCUGUUGUGGUUUGUUCUGGUAUCUACAAGUUAAGUCCCGUAUACCCCUACGACUUGGAGUCAAUCAUUCAAUUAUCCGCUCCUGGAAGUAUUAUGCCGUUUACGGAAAGUGAGCUCAUAAGUCGAGCCGAUAUUCUGAAUCCCUACUACGAUUACAUUCCACCCGAUUUGGUUGACCUGUUUAUUACAAAUCUCGGAGGAUACCCUCCAUCCUAUCUUUACCGUAUUCUUAAUGAUACGUACGACUCCUGUGAUACCAUCCUUUAAGCCAUCAUAACGAUUGUUUAGUUAGAUUAGAAAAAUAAAAGAGGAUUGUUUUGGGUCUAA